AUGUCAUUGAAGGAGGCAGACCACCUGAAACAGGAUCUGAAUGAGGCUAAAGAUGCAGAACGGAGGGCAAAGCAGAAACUCCUGGAAAUCACCAAACCAACAUACCCUUUAAUAGCAGCAUACUCCAGCCCUCCUCCACCCACUGGGCCGGAGAGUCCAGAUAUGACUGUAGACAUGGGCGGCUCCAUAAGAAUGGACUUCAAGGACUCCGAUAUGAAAAGACUUUCCAUGGAGAUUGAGAGAGAACGGCUAGAGUACAUGGAAAAGAGCAAACAUCUUCAAGACCAGCUGAAGGAGCUCAAAUCAGAGAUUGAGUCCCUGAAGUUGGAAGAGCAGCAACAGGCUGGACUCUACAGUCUCAGGAGUUACGCUGAACCUCCUUAUAUUCCCCACAGCAAUAGAAAUUCUGCCUACAUGGCUCAGAUGGCCUUCUACGAGGAAGUGUGAAAGAACAAUCCAGUCUCUGUUUCAGGAGCAGGAGGGUCUGGAGGAGCAGUUUGCAGCUAUCACUGAUGCAUGCAUGUACAUCAAAAAUGCAGCAACCUCAUACUGUGCUUUUAAAAUUAAUAUAUUUCUUUUAUGUUUUUGACUCUUGCAAUUUGGUUUUGUGUGCACCUCAAGUCAUGUUUUACUGCUACCACAAAUUGUUUGGCACUUUCAAGCACAUGUAACUGUGUUUGUUUGUUCACAUGCCAAAAAUAUUUGCUGGAAAUGCAAGGUAUUAAGGGACAUUUCUGGUACGGAUAGUGCCUUUAGAAUGAUCAAAUCAUUAAAUGAUGAACACAAGCAUGUUAAUAAAGUUGGAACCCCACCAGAAACACUAGGACUUAGAAAGUAUUUCUAUUACUUUCUCCUUCUAUUCUUUUCCUGUGGGAUGCUUGAUCAGUUUAACACUAGGUGCCUUUAACACAUGCCACAGAUAGUGGUUUUAACUACAAUAUCAACGAAUGUCAAUUCAUUUGAUGUAUUUGCAUGUUUUGAACUGUGGAUUGUGUUAUUAUUCUUUUGGUUUGUUUUUUUUUGGUGCUUUUUGAAUAUGAAUAUGAUUGAUAUUUUCCAGUACACUCCAGUGCCUUUUGGAAAAGCUUGUACUACUCAUUGGGCUGAAUGAUUCUCUACCGAUGCACUCUUUCUCGCGGUAUGACUGGUUGUAUAACACGUUCGACAAGCGCGUCAGCUGUAACUACUCUAUCAUAUUCAGGAACAGAGGUAGAUUGAUGGCUUCUCUGUUUAUAAAUGUGCUGUACUCAUCCAUUUCGGCUGGAGACUCUUGAGUGUUUUUUGAAUCCGUGACAGUUUUUAGUUGAUAUAGGCAGGCACAGGCAGAUUUAUUGGUUUAUCUACCGUUUUCUGUUCCCAAAUCAACUUAUGCUUAGACUUGUUAUGGUUAUGAUCCAUGUUGCCAUUUCAGCACAUUUACAUCUGAGUAACAUUUCAGAUCUUGUCCCCCCAACCCCAUCAGAAUGUCCUUUGUUUCAAAAUGCAAAAUGCAAUGUGUCCAAUUAAACAGGACAUAUAUUUUGCACUAAUUUUUAAACGUUUUGAAUGCUUUUGGGUAUAUAGACAGUGAAUUUGUUGCUGAAAUGUUGAUGCGAGACAAACCUGCACACUCAUAUAAAGGGAUGAGUUGUUAAUGAUGUUGGAGGAGUUUUAAGGUUGUUAUGCCUCAUUAUGUUACAGCGGAUUGUGCAUUUAGCAGCAUUAAUGGAUUUUGGAGCAAUAUCUUUUGUAAAUACACUACAUGCAUUGCUAAGUCUUAGUUUAAGUAGUGCCAGACAUUCCUGUUAUGGUCAGCAUGACUGUGCACAUUAGCUUGAAAUGUCUUAAGACAGAGUGACUUCACAAGGUAAUUGUUCAUGUUUUAAUGAAUGCCACAGCCAAGUUUGUGUUUGUCUUUAUCCAUCUGCACCACAUAAAGAAGCUUGUUUUUGGAUUUCAUAUCAUCAUCAACAAGGAUCAUUUUCACUCCGUGUUUGAUUGAAACACCUAUCACAGUACAAGCUGCCUUUGUUUAAUAUGUGUGCCAUGGGUUCAGACAUAGAUUGUCCAUAUGAAUGUGGACAUAGAGCAAUCUCAUGUGCAGUGAAUUGUAAACCGAUAUACAAAUAAACUGCAAUGAUGCAUUUAA